AUAAAUAGUCCUUAACACUAUGCAAACAUUCAUCUACCAAUACCAUAAUUGAUACUACAAACUACUGUCUCAAAAAUCUACCAAAAUUUUUAAGUUUAGAGUUUCAAGUUCUUAUCAAAAAUGGCUAUUAAUCUUUCACUCUUGCUGCCUAUUUUGCUUUUAGCUCUUUCACUUUCAGUUGUCUUUGCUGCUGAUCCUAGUACUCUACAAGAUUUUUGCGUCACAACUCCAUUAACCCAUGGUACUUCUGUAUGCAAGGAUCCUAAACUUGUUGAUGCAAAUGACUUCUUUUUUAGUGGACUUCACUUAGCAGGCAAUACUACUAAUCCUGCUGGCUCUAAAGUAACUCCGGUCUUUGCAUCUCAGCUACCAGGAUUGAAUACACUCGGAAUCUCCUUGGCUCGUAUUGAUAUAGCACCAUGGGGAGUUAACCCUCCUCACUUACAUCCUCGUGCUACCGAAAUAUUUACUGUUGUUGAAGGUACAUUAGAAGUUGGAUUCAUAACUUCGAACCCAGAAAAUCGCCACUUCAGAAAAGUUUUACAAAAGGGAGAUGUGUUUGUGUUUCCCAUAGGACUGAUUCACUAUCAAAGAAAUAUUGGAUAUGGUAAUGUUGUUGCCAUUGCAGCUCUUAGUAGUCAAAAUCCAGGAGCGAUUACUAUUGGAAAUGCGGUGUUUGGAGCUACACCUGAGAUAUCUAGUGAAGUGCUCACAAAGGCUUUUCAAUUGGACAGAACUGUUAUCAACUAUUUGCAGUCAAAGUUUUAGAAUAUUGGGAGGAAAUCAUUAUGUUGCCUAAUCCAGUUUUAAUGAUUUGUGGUGUGUAUUUGAUAUUUUUUUAAUUGAAUUAUUUGUUGGUGUGCUCUUUUUUCUAUGGUAUCAAUUAGAGCUGUCAAUAUGGGCUACCCGGCCCUAAACGGGUCGGUCCUAGCGGGCUUUGGACUUUUCAGUGUUGGGCUAAAAAGGCCCUGUAUAAU